AGACACUCUCUUCUCUUUCUCUUUUCUUUCACAAGCUCUCUCAUUCUCUACUCUGUCUUUUUUUGUUCUCUCUCAAUCAUAACAAUCUUUUUUUUUGAGGAAGAGAUGGGAAACUGUCAGGCGGUUGAUGCGGCGGCGUUAGUUCUACAACAUCCCGACGGCAAAAUCGAUAGAUAUUACGGUCCUGUCUCAGUCGCCGAAAUCAUGCGUAUGCAUCCUGGUCACUACGUUUCUCUUAUUAUUCCUUUGCCGGAGGCAGACAUUCCGGCAAAGACGACGGCGAAGGAAGAAGAUGGUAAGAGUCAGAAAAGGGUGGUGAAGUUCACGCGCGUGAAACUUCUCCGACCAACAGAGAAUCUCGUACUCGGUCAUGCUUACCGUCUCAUCACUUCACAAGAGGUUAUGAAAGUCAUAAGAGCGAAGAAGUAUGCGAAGACAAAGAAGCAUCAGAAUGAAACGACUAGAGAGAAGAAAAAGCCAUCGCUGGAGAAGAAGGUUGAUGGAGUAUCCGACAAGCAUCAGAAUCUGGAAACAAAUGAUGAGAAGCAACGUGCAGUGUUAACGAGCUCAGGUUCGUCGAAAUCAAAAACAUGGAGGCCAUCAUUGCAGAGCAUCUCUGAAGCUAAGAGUUGAUGUUUAUUUUAGUAUUUACUUAAGGAACAAGAAACAAAAUCUCUGUGUGAAAGAAAAAAAAAUCUCUGUGUGAGAUCAUCAGAAGAUAGAAUCUUCAAGACAAAGAGAUAAAUUCUUCUCUUUUACGUUCU